UUUUUAACUCCCUCCGUCACUGAGUGGGUAUAAAAAGGAUGAAGUGGUGUGGAACAGCAAAGCAGUCGCCACAAACGAGCUGGUACUUGAGUCCAACACAAAAAGCGCUUGUCUCCCUGCACCUCCUCUACCAUUAUGAAGUUCUUCAUUAUCAAUGCUAUGCUAGCCUUCGUGGCUUGCACGGCCUUUGCGGAGGAGUCUGCCAAAAAGGACGAGAAGAUAGAAGAUAAGAAAGACGUCGAGGGGCGUGGUGGCGUCCUGGGAGGCCUGGGUGGUUACGGCGCUGGAGUCGGUCCUGGUCUCGUGGGCGCUGGGCUUGGAGCACCUGGUCUUGUUGGUGAUGGUGUCGUUGGCAACCCUGCACUAGUGGGAGGUGGAUUUGGACAUGGUGUAGGCCUGGGCCAUGGAGUUGGUGGCGGCUUCCAGUCGGGGUAUGGUUCUACUGCUGGAGGACACCAGGCAGGCUUCCAGAAGGGCACUGUAGGGCACAAUCAGAAAUCUGGUGCUUUCGCUGGCGGUUCAUCUCAUAGAAACGUGAAGGCCUACAGCAACAACCAGGGCUACAACCACAACUCGGGUUUCUCCGCCAGUGACAGCAAAAGCUUCGGCAGUGGUCAACAGCAGGGUUCCUCGGGUUUCCAGGGAGGUGCUGCCGGUCACCAGGCUGGAUUCGGACAGUCCUCUUUUGGAAAGACGGCGGGAGUGGGCCACGGUGGCAUCGGUCUCCACGGCUAAAGAGAACUGUAUUUGUUAAGAAGAUCAUGACAACGUCGUCGUUUAUGCACAUUUCAGAUAUGCUCCAAAGCGAAUAGAUCGUUAACGCUUACUCAGCAGUCUCAACAAAUCUGUCCCAAGAAGAGGAGGAAACAAUGCAGUUGAUACGUUUGUUCACGUCUAAAUAUUGUGCAGCUGUGAUAUCCAAAGAAUGAAUAAACUGUUGCGGUGAAAAACAUUGCCUCGAAGCCC